AUGGGAAAUAUUGAAGAAAAAAAAGAUUCUUUGAUAUUUAUUAAUUAUGAUGUAUGUGAAGAAGUUUGUAAAACUUACCUAAAACAGAGAAAGUGUGUCAAUGUGCCCAUACAUGGCAGAGUGAUAAGCGGAGAAAGUGGUGGAAAAGAUGGCGGGAAAGAUGGCGAGAAAGAUGAUGGAAAAGAUAGUGGGAUAGAUAGUGGGACGGAGCAAAAGAAAAAAGUAAAAAAGCUGGUUUCUUUUCAUGAUGAUUAUGUUAAAAAAAAUGAGGGUUUAAUUAAAAAUGAAAAAAGUAGUGUAGUAAUAAAGAUUCCAAAUAUUAAAUCUCAAAGAACAGACAAUAUAAUUAAAAGAAGAAAAACAUAUUUUUAUAAUAAUGAUAAAUAUAAUAAAUUAAUGAAUGAAUUUAAACAACAAGAACUUAAAAGAAUAAAGUCAUUUCAUUAUAUUUAUAAAUGGCAAUUUUCAAUAAUUAUAUUAUUUUUUUUAUCUAUAAUUUUUUUUUUAAUUGGAUUAUAUAUUUAUUUUGAAUCUGAAAAAGUUGUAGAAAUAACCCUUGAAUAUGAUUCUGAAACUAAAUAUAAAAUCUUUGAAAUAAAAAAAGAAAUGAAACAUCCAAUUUAUAUACAUUAUAAAAUAUCAAAUUUUUAUUAUAAUUAUAAACAUUUUUUAAUGGAUGAAUCACAUUCAACAUAUGAUGGACGUAGAUGUAAACACAUUAAAACUAUAGAAGAUCUUUACAAAUUUAGAUGCAUAAAUGGGAAGCAAACUCUUCCCGAACUCGCUCAGAAUCUAAAAGUGAAAAAUCAAUAUAAAGUGGAAAAUCAAUAUAAAGUGAAAAAUAUGAUUGGUGAAAAUUUGGAUGGUUCUCAGCAAUUGGAUGGUGCUCAGCAAUUGGAUGGUGCUCAACAUGGGGAUGAUGAAAAGUGUGAUAUAAACACAUUAACAGAAGAAGAAAAAAAACAGGAAAUAUUUCCAUGUGGGUUAGUAUCAGGAUCCAUAUUUAAUGAUAAAAUAAGUUUAUCAGUUGGAGAUAAAAAUUUAGAAAUGAAUAAAUUUCCUAUUGUUAAUUAUUAUGAUUUAUUUUUUUAUUUAAAAAAACAUAAACAAAAUUCAGAGAAAUAUAAAAUAUGGUUAAAUAUGUUUUCUCCUGAAUACAAAAAUUGGUUCACACCUCCAAUGACAUCAUCUUUUAUUAAACCAUAUGGAAUAAUUAAUGAAGAUUUAAAAGUGGGGAAUAAUUAUAAAAUUAUAUUUGAUCAGAAUACAUGGCCAGCUAAAGCAUGGAAGUCAAAAAAAUAUUUCCAACUAACUACUUUAAGACCUAUUGGAAAUGCAGCAUUUGAAUUAGCAUAUGCAUUUUUUUUAUUAUCUUUUAUUUAUUUAGUUAUUCUUAUUAUCAUAUUUAUAUUAGCAAAAUCAAAUUUCUGUAAAUUAGGUAAAACUUUCGAUUAUUGUAAAAUGAUAAUUGAUAAUAAGGAGAGUAAUUUACAUCCAAAAUACCAAAAAGCUUAUUCCAAAAAAAAAAGCUUUCUUAUUAAAAAUAGUUACUCUUUACGUAAUGAUAAAUUAUUAACUAAAUUGGAUAGUUCUGACGAUUCUGUAAAUCACAAAAAUAUAAAAAAAAAUGUGUGCAUUUGCCCACUGCAUUGA